UUUUUACGAUAAGGGUCUCGACCGGAAGCAAAACGUGAAAUUUCUUGAAAUAAAAAAAAAUACGUUUUAUUUUACAACUUAUUUAGAUGAUGUGUAUAUAAUACAAUAAAUAUUUUGAACUCAUGUAAGAAUUUUACGUGUGUAAAUAUACCGUGUAAGUUCACUAAAACCGAGCUUUCAUUUUGAAGCAAGUGUCUCUGUUACUUACUCUCCAACUAAAUACAAACAAACCCAGCAUUGGGAGUAGCUAUAGGUGACAGAAUGAAGGUGUUGGUGUUGAAAGAACCCAGAGAGAGUGAGAGUGGAGCAGAUCCAUACAUCAAGGUAAGACCAUCAUCAUUAAUCUUGGUGCUGUGACAAUUGCAAAGUUCCCAACUCUGUUUGUUUAGGUAUGUUCUUUAACAAACUUCCAGGAACAGGUGUGUUUAUUCUGAGAUCACAUGAUCACACACAGGUAGUCUACUCCGUUCGAUUAAUCAUAUGACCCCUGAUAGUAACUGAUUAUACCAGAACUAAUCGAGCGGUUUCAGAGCAAUAGGGGCGAAUACUUAUACAAGCACGACAGGUAAAUUAUUAUUAUUAUUAUUAUUUUUUGUAAAUAAUUUUGCAAACUUUAUCAUUUUUCUCCUGCACCUCAGUAUUAUGGGUUAUUUUGUUCCAGGUUAUAAACUACAAAAUGUGUGAGAGUUCAACGGGGGUGAAUAGUUAUGUAAGGCAUGAUAGACAGAUAGAUAGGUCCAUGCCACUUAAUAUAUCAUCUAUGUCAAUAGAUAGAUGGCUCUUUUUUAGUGACUCAGCUCACAAAUAAGAGUCGAUUCCCAAACGGCUCAUUGCCUUUUUUGGGCCAGUGAUUGUUCUGUCUUGCUUAAGCAUGAUCAAACUCUUACUGUACCCUGUCAUCUCUUUGCACCUCAUUUAUUCAUUCCUCUUCAGGAUACACUGAUGUAUCCAGGUCAGGGUGGCGGUGGUUCCGGUGCAUACAUUUCAUAUAAUGUCAUUUUAUUUGAUGGCACAAAUCCACUUUUUCUUUUCCAGUGCCCGAUAACAAUACCAAAAACAAAACCUGAAUAAUCCACUGAUAUUAAUAACCAUCUGACAUUUGUUUCUUGAAAAACUACUAAUGACUAAUUAACUAGUAACUGACCAAAAUCUACUAAGUAACUCCUAACUAACCAGCUUUUUUUAAAAACUACAGAGUAACUCCUAACUAAACAUUUACAUACAUUUACAUUUAUUCGUUUAGCGGACGCUUUUAUCCAAAGCGACUUACAAAUGAGAAAAAUACAAGCAAAGCGAUAUAUCAAGCAGAGAACAAGUAGUGCUACCGUACAACAUCCAUUAAUUGAGUUCCAGCAGAAGCAAAGUGUGCAGAGUAGAGGUGUAAGUGCAAUUUUUAAAAUUUUUUUAUUAUUAUUAUGAGUUGGUUAGGUGUUGACGGAAGAGGUGGGUCUUUAGCUGUUUUUUGAAGAUGGCGAGAGAUUCUGUGGUCCGGAUUGAGAUCGGAAGUGCAUUCUACCACUGAGGAACAGUUAGUGUGAAGGUUCUGGAAAGGGACCUUGCGCCACGCUGAGUUGGAACUGCUAAACGUCGGUCGCUAAUCGAUCGCAGAUUGCGAGAGGGAACGUAGGCCUUCAGGAGAGAGUUGAGGUAGGGGGCGCUGUUCCUGACAAGAUCUUGUAGGUGAGCAUCAAGGCCUUGAACUUGAUGCGGGCCGCUACAGGAAGCCAGUGGAGGGAGAUGAAGACGGGUGUGACGUGGGUUCUCUCGGGCUGGUUGAAGACGAGGCGCGCCGCAGCAUUCUGAAUCAUCUCAAGGGGUUUGAUGGAGCUGCCGGGAGGCCCGAGAGUAGUGCGUCGCAGUAGUCCAGUUUUGAGAUAACAAGAGCCUGGACUAGUAAGCUAAACAACUUUAACAAGUUUAAGUUAAACAACUUAAAAAAAACUACUAAGUAAGUAACUCGUAACAAACCAACCUUUAAAAAAACUAUUAAGCAUUUCCUAACCAACCAACUUUUUUUUUAAAACUACUGAUUAACUCCCAACUAACUAACUUAAAAAAUCUGCUAAGUAACUCCUAACAAAUAUUUUAAAACUACUAACCCACUUUUAAAACUUUUCCAAAUGAAAAUAGAAACAACUACUAAGUAACUCCUAGCAAACUAACAAAAUAAACUAGCAAGUAACGCAUAACUAGCUUUAAAAACUAACUACUAAAUAACUCCUUACUUACCAACUUUAAAAAAAAAAAUCAUUCUUUUAUAAAAAGCUCCGAAAGCUUUAAAAUGAAUACAGAAAAUGCACCUGUAAAGACAGAACUUACACAUAUCUCAUGUCCUCGCAAGCCAGCGACUCCAUUUCCCAGAAUACUCCACGAACUACAAACACGGCCGAGGCCGACUACACGUCCCGUACGCCCACACGAACACGUUCACCUUCCUCACUAGAGACGCCUGUUCCCAAUCACACCACGCUGUAUAAGAGACUCUCACACAUACCUGCACUUCCUUCUGUCUGCGUCUCCAUCACGUGCCCACGUAACCACAGCUUUCACACAACCAUCCCUUCCACUGCAAAUAUAAUAAAGUAUCCAUACAAUAACAGCCAAUCCGAGCAAAAUAAAUAUAUACAGCGCACAAUUACAGCUUCAGACAGAUCUUUUGCUUUUGAUGCGUUUUAUUCGUGCCGAUAUCGUUGAUCCGGGCCCGGUGUGGAUCCUGGAUGUACGGCUGUGUGUUUUUCAGGAGCUGGCAGCGUGUGGACACUCGGCUACGCUCGUCCCCGUCCUGGCGUUUCAGUUCGUCUCUCUGGAUCGUCUGUCAGACCGGCUGUUUGAUCCAGAAAGGCACGGAGGGCUCGUGUUCACCAGUCCCAGAGCGGUCGAGGCUGUGAGACGGUGUAUUGAGAGCAGUACACACAGAGAAGAGUGGAACACGGUGAAAGAACAGUGGAACGCAAAAUCGGUGUAUGUGGUGGGGAAAGCGACGGCGUCAUUAGUUGAGGCUCUGGGUCUGAAGCCCCUCGGUGAACACACAGGCACGGCCGACGUUCUGUCUCAGCUCAUCAUUGAGAGAGAAAAGUCCACGUCUCUGCCUCUGUUCUUUCCCUGCGGCUCGCUGAAGAGAGAAGUGCUGCCCACCGCGCUGAGACGACACGGUGAGACGCCACAAUACCACCAUGAGUGUUACAGAAGUGUUUCUCUGGAGACGCUACCAGUCUACGAGACGGCUGAACAUCCGGACCUGGAGAAAAACAUCACGCGCUACUUCAGUGAGCAGGGAGUGCCGGCCAGCGUCGCUUUCUUCAGUCCUUCUGGAGUGAAGUUCUGCCUGGAGCUGGUGAAGAAGCUUGCCGGAGAAAACCUGGACCAGAUCAAGUUUGCUGCUAUCGGUCCCACCACGGCCGAGGCUCUACAGGAAGCGGGCGUGAGCAUCAGCUGCUCGGCUCAGAAACCCACACCGCAGCACCUCGCCACAGCCAUCACACACAGCCUGAGCAAUGACCUCUGACCCCAGGCACAGUCCGUCCAGAUACUUGAGCCAUCACGCCUAAAGCUAGAAGAUAUACUACAGGGUGUCCCAAAAGUCUCCCUUCACAGAGGACUACACCACGUCGGUCGUUCCUUCAUCAGUGGAUGUUCGUGGACGUUCACUUCUUCUCGGUCGGUCCGCGACACUUCCAGUCUUUGUGAAUUUGUCAAUAAGUUUGGUGACGGUGUCUCGUGUGAAGUCCAUCGCUUCCCGAUCCGGCCAUGAGAAUGAUUCCAAUAUGUUCUCUUGUCAAAGGCGUUCUUAAAGCCUCUCUAAAAGGAUACUUAUGUAAUAUAUACUAUGUAUGAAUCAUUUCGGAAGACAUUUUGCUUUAAUGUGUUAAUUUCCCCCUUCGCAUGGAGACCUUUGAGACACCCUGUAUAAUAUUAAUAUAGAAAUCGUAGUGUAAGGUGGUAUUAUUCUGUUUAAUGCAGUGGAAUGUGGUUUAGGACAGAAUUAUUAGUGUGUUAAGGCAUAGAUGAGGCACAGAAAUAGCGACUGAGCAAUUUUUCCACUUUACAGCCAAGAAGAUCGCACAAUUUAGCCAAAAUCCAGUAAACACGUCCCGCUAAUCGGUUGUAAGUUAUACUGAACUCACACCGUCGGAUUAUUCGUGAAGUUUUGCCAUAUUUCCAUCUUGAUUUUCAAAAUCACACUGCGGAGAUCUUAACAAGUGAAGAUAUCGUUCAUCUAGUCCAACUGAUUGGCUAUUUCCUAUUAAAAGAUUGCAAUAAACCAAAUAUAAGAUUAUUAAACCUAAUCCUAGACAUAUUUUAUUGACUGUUUUUAAGCUUGAAACGUUCUCAUUCUGUUGGCGGAUAAUUUAUCUUCUUUCUAGAAAUGAAUGCUUAAAAUUAGCAAAUGGAACUACCGAUAAAACAAGAGCGUUUUAAAGAUGAAAAAUAGUCAAAUAUGUCUAGAAAUAGGUUUAAUAUUCUCAUAUUUGGUUUGUUGUAAUCUUUUAAUAGUUGACUAUAAAAAUCUUUUAAUUUGACUAUAUUUAUGAUAUAUAUAUAUAUAUAUAUAUUUUUUUUUACAGUGUGCACUAAAUACAGAUUUACAAUUUAAGAUCAUAAAAAGAGCCGGAAAUUGUUUUGAGUCAGACAUUUCAGCGCACACUUUACCGAAUGUUUCUUCUAAUUUUAUUACAGUCGAUACCCUGUGAUCCCUCCGUGCAUUUUUUUUUUUUCUUACAACCGAAUGAACGUUUUCUGUAUUUCAUUGCUCUGUUAUUGAUAUGAUUAUCAUCGCUACUCGAGUAUUCGAGGCACUGAAAUGAUUCACUUGGUUACAGCAAAUGAUCGUGAAUGUAUAACGUACAGCACAUCGGUGUGAAUAUGAGUGUUAAGUGUUCUGUCUGAGAUGAAAAUGCAAAUAAAGGACAGUUUAUACUUUCA